GGGGGCGGUGUCUCAGACUAAGGCCCGCCCCUCCCCAUCACCCGGAAACACUAUCACAGGUCUCAUUUGGUCGUUUGCAUCGCGCUCCCAACAUGGCGGUGAACCUCACAGACCUCUCCCUGCCUCAACUAGAGGGACUGAAAACCCAGCUUGAUCAGGAGAUUGAGUUCUUGACGUCUUCAAUAAGUCAGCUCAAAGUCGUCCAGACCAAGUAUGUUGAGGCAAAAGAUAGUUUGAACGUCCUCAACCAAAACAAUAAAGGAAAAGAACUGCUUGUGCCACUCACCAGCUCUAUGUAUGUCCCCGGAUCAUUAAAUGAUGUGGAAACGGUUCUAGUGGAUGUUGGGACAGGAUACUAUGUUGAAAAGAAAGUGGAAGAUGCAAAGGCAUUCUUCAAACGCAAAAUAGACUUCCUCACAAAGCAGAUAGAGAAAAUUCAGCCAGCCCUUCAGGAAAAACAUGCUAUGAAACAAGCUGUGAUUGAGGUAAUGAAUGUGAAGAUCCAGCAGCUACAACAGAGCCAACAGUCGUCACAGGUGGUUGGGCCCACCAAGGCUUAAUGAGAACACCUGCUUGAGCUCAUCAUGAUUGGGGGGGUGCAUUUUAGGUUUAUGUACAUCUGCUGGUGUAGGACAAGUAAUGUUCUCCACUAAUCCACACAAGUCAUGUUAAAUAUUAAGAGAAUUGAAGUUUUUUUUGUACACUAACACCAGAAAAUCACAUAUAGGCUUUUGUCAUGGUAGAGCAAUUGUCUGUACUUGGUCAAUUUUAAAUUAAUGGAAAUGGCUGUCCUGUUAAUUUGCAAAAUUAAAGAGGUCAUUUUGCAUUCAAGGAA